AAGCAAUCAUUUCUCCUUCUCUCUGGCUGCAGCCAUGGGAACUUCUGUGUUAGCUGUGAUUGGUUACAACUUGUCACAUGGUACAAGGCUGUUGUGAAAAGCCUUGUAUUAUGUGAUCUCUGUGAUCAUUCACAGAUUUCACACGUAGUAAGCAAUGAUGUCAGAAGUGAUAUCUUGCUCACUACUCUGCAUGUGAUCACUGAUUGGCCAAUCAGUGAUCACAUGAUCGGGACCUCGCACAGAGGUGCCGUCCAACGUCCCAGGGAGCGCGCACAGUCCAUAAUGGUGGUUGCCAUUUAU